AGCGAGUUACUCCGCAUGUUCGGGGGCUCAGAUCAAAGUCCACUGCAUCCAGUCCGCUGAGAUUUUGCACAAGGAUCCACAAACCAGCGCAAAAUGGGGGGCCUGGCUGAAAGGGUCAUUCAAAGAAUCGUCGUGCUCAUGCUUGGCAGUUUCAUCGGUUUACUGGCGCUGUGUAAAAUUGUCAUCGACUGUGUGAAAGUUGGUCCCAGCAAAGUGUUUAGCCAGCAGAAGAGAAACAAGCCACCUGCAUGUUUAGAGGAUUCCAGCCUUGGAACUCACGGUUACGCCCAUUUAGAAGAUAUCCGUAUGCAUUAUGUGAGCAAUGGAAGUGAAGAUAAACCACUAAUGCUGCUGGUUCAUGGCUUCCCAGAGUUCUGGUACUCUUGGCGCUAUCAGCUGAAAGAGUUCAAGGACCGUUACAGGGUUGUUGCAGUUGACCUAAGGGGCUACAAUGAAACUGAUAAACCAGCAGGAAAAUCCAACUAUAAAACAGCAAAGCUUGUUGCAGACAUAAAACAGCUGAUAACUGCUUUAGGUUACAGUGAUUGUGUCCUCGUUGGACAUGACUGGGGAGGAGUUGUCUGUUGGAUGUUCGCUGAAACCUUUCCAGACCUUGUGAACCACCUCAUCAUUCUCAACUGUCCCAAUUUCAAAGUUUUCCAGAAGCACCUUCGGUCAAGCCUGAAACAGGCUAAAAUGUCCUGGUACAUCUAUUUCUUCCAGCUUCCCUUUUUGCCAGAACUCAUGUUUAGGCUUCAAGAUUAUGCCAUUCUUGAUCAACUUUUUCGUGGCAAGCACAGCGGGGUUCGUUCUGACAGAAUGUCAGAUGAAGAUAUUGAAGCAUACAAGUACACCUUCAGUCGCAGUGGUCUGACCGGGCCGAUUAACUUUUAUCGUGCUGGCUUUGGAGGAGAGAGAAGACCACCCGACCAGUCCGGAUCACGAUCUAAAGGGAUCAGCGUGCCUACCCUGCUGCUAUGGGUACAGAGGAUGCAGCGUUGGAUAACAGACUUGCAGAAAUGUCCCGUGAAUGCUGCACAGGCAAGGUGGUGUUAAAGUACAUCGAGGAUGCCAGCCACUGGCUGCAGAUGGACAGACCAGAUCUUGUCAACAAAUACAUGCGAGAGUUUCUGGCUGAGUCGGAGAAAUAAAAGACUGCCAGAUUUUUUAAUUUUUUUUUUUAGUAUCCUACCCAUGUUUUCUUUUUUGCAUAUAUCUUAUUCUGAGUUAUGGAUUGAGACUGACACCAAAUGUAUUCAUUUCCAGCACCUCUUUUGAUUUGCCUUUCUAGGUCUUUGAAAUUUUUCACUAUUUUAAAAUUUUGUAAUAGUCAUUGUCAAUUGGGGAGAUGAAUGGCGUCUUCAGAUCUUACCUUGUGAUGCACAGCAUUGUCACUAGUGGGGUUUAAUUAUUGCUACCUCACUUGGUGUUUGUAGUGAAAGAACAGUUGUGAUGGCGUGAUCUCUUGUGGAAAAGAGUUUGAGUGGUAAAAAAGAUUUUCAAACAUUUGGAAACAAAAAAAAAAACAACAAAAAACCAAAAAAAAAAAAACAACAAACAAAAAGGAAACCAGAUCAACAGGUGGUGUCAAGAGACAAAAGAAAUGUCCAGGGAAAUUUCAAGUGGUAUCCUCCCCAUUGUGUUUACUCUGCCUGGUUUUACGACUGUUGUUGCACUAAUAUAAAAUAUCAAAUGUCUGCUUUUGUAUUGUCCUGGCUAGAUUAUUGCAACUCUUGUGUUCCUAACUGCCUAUUGGACAAGUUGCAAAGGUCUGAUAAUAAUGCUGCUCAUAAUGUUUUCCGUGAACUGCACUCUUCCGUGAGCUUAUUUUCUCUGGCACAGUAUUUCUUUUCUCUGCAUGUGGCAUCUGUUUACCAUGAUACAUUAUACCUUUAGUUGCUGGUUCAACGUAAAACACUAGUUCGUAUAAUGCCUUGCCAUCACAGACUGUGACACAAAUCAUACCUUUGCGUUCUGUUUCAGAAACAAUUAAAAAAAUAUGAACAUG